AGUGAGCCCAGGAAUGAGCAGUUAGCAAACAGCAGCACCGGUAGCACUACCUACAUAACAGCACUUAGAGGGAUUGAGUAUAAACCACUGUAGUGCUAGCAGGCAGACUCAUCCACAUUGGUCCUCAUGGAUAGACUACUCUGUGACAAUGUGAAAGCUUUGGCUUUGCUGCUCACUAUGGGUGUACAGGUGUGGUGCCAGCUGUGUGAGCGACCAUGCCAGUGCCCCAGCCCCCUUCCUCAGUGCUCAGAGGGCGUUCCUCUGGUGCUGGACGGCUGCCACUGCUGCCAGGUGUGUGCCAGGCAGCGAGGCGAGGCCUGCAGUGACAUGUACGCCUGUGACAAGCAGCGGGGACUACAGUGUGACUACAGCGCCAGUUUCCCUGGUGACCCCGGGGAAUGUGUCAGUCAGGAAGAGCUGACCUGCGAGCUCAACGGGGUCACCUACCAGGAUGGACAGGUCUUCCAGCCUUCCUGUAACACCCAGUGUCGCUGCCAAGGUGGAGGGGUGACCUGUGUGCCUCUGUGCCCCGUGGACGUCCUCCUGCCUCGCCCAGACUGCCCUCACCCCCAACACGUCCAGCUGCCUGGGAAGUGCUGCAAGGAGUGGGUGUGUGAGAACCUGGACAACAGCAUUAUUCAGGACGCCAUAACAGCCUCCAGGACGGACGGCAGGCUGUGGCCGGUGCUGCCGGCCCUCCGGCAGAACCCAGCCUUCAACUGUGUGGACCGGAGCACAGAGUGGAGCGCCUGCUCCCGGACAUGUGGCGCUGGGGUCUCCACGCGCGUGUCCAACAGCAACCCAAGCUGCCGGCUGGAGAUGCAGACCCGUCUGUGUAAGGUCCGGCCCUGCCAGCCACUCCCUCCUCAAAGGACCCCCAUGUGGGGGCGUGGGUUGCGAUGCGAGGCCAGCUACAGGUUAACGACGCCGGUGCGGCUGGUGCACCAGGGCUGCUACAGCACGCGCGUCUACCGGCCCCGGUACUGCGGCCAAUGCACCGAUGCCCGCUGCUGCACCCCGUACCAUACCCACACGGCCCCGGUGCCCUUCCUCUGCCCCUCUGGCAGGCUGCUGCAGAGGGCUGUGAUGAUGAUUCACUCCUGUGUGUGCCACUACAACUGCCCAUACUCUGCAGAGUACAGGGCCGGGCCACAGAGGAGUCCAGCCCCCUGGGGCUAGAGGCCCAGCCAACGGGCCCAUGCACUGACUGACUGAGUCCCCCUCAUGGAGACUGUCCAGGAAGGGACCAGGAGGUAAAUUAGGGUUGGACCCAGCAGAGGAUCGUCAUAGGAUAGGUAUUGUGUAAGUAAUGAACUGUGACUGAGUCGGGGACAAAAGUCCUGUUUGACUGGACAUGCUCACUCUGCACUAGGAACCCUAACUCUGCCCCAUUGAAUCUUUGCUAGAGCCCAGAGGUUUUCUCUGUGUGUUUGAAUUGAACAGGAAUGACCAGUGUUGUUGCUUAGAUCUCUGUAACUAACGACUACAUAGAGACGCCAACGUUUUAGUUGAUAGAUACUGUAUCUUGACAUGCAAAUACAGUGUGCUACCCAUUUACCUUUGUGUUGUGGUAGCCAGAUGGAAUUGCACUUAAUUUUUGUUGCUGUAAAUAUAUUUCAGGUGUUUUUAAGCAUUGUACAUUUGCUUGUAUUAUUAUUCUUAACAUUCACAAUGCCUCUCUCUGUCUUGUACAUGACUAAUGUCAUGUUCUCUGUUGUCCUGUCCUGUAAUUAUCACACAAACUCUAAAUCGGACUCUCCUUUAGCUAACAGACAGUUGUUGGUUACAUGUUGUAGUCUGAGUUGACGUCAGUCAAACGCUUUUCAACAUCAGUCUAUUGGAGUUGAUUAGUCUUUUCUCAUUACUGUUGUACAGGAAUGAUGCCUCCAUUCAAAUAAAGCAUCUAACACCAAG